GUGAGCGACUCCGCUAUCUCAGGCGGAACUAACGAUGUUUCAUUUUCCUCAGAAUCAUGCUCGGCGUGAAACUGUGGGGGACCUUUCCAGUGUGCUGUAGCCGUUAAUUAGGAAGUCAGUGAUGUCUUUCUCGAAUAAAUUCGACUGAGGAUGCCCGUUCUGAUGCAUACGUACUAGAACGAUCAUUUUUAGGUUCAAGUGACGCGAUCCUUACCGAAUAACUACUAAUACCUCCCGGCGCUCUAGUACAGCCUACAGAACGACGCUCCCGUUGCUCUCCCCUUGAAACCCUAACUCCGUAAGACGGAAUGUCGUGCCCGCAGACGGAACCAUUUCGAAUUUGUUGGUCCUAGGUCGUCGCAAUCUCACUGGUAGCACAAUGCUGAUAGUGGCAUAUGAUUCUGCUGAGAUCUUUCGUAAUGAGAAGAGAUAGCCCGUAUUCUAGCCAGAAAGCGUAAUCCGUCACUAGUUUGAUCACAUCCGACACCAUAGUAUCGGCGACAUGUCUUUCAGUGUGAAAUUCCGAGUCCCAGUCGAUCUUAUUCCACGCGAAUCAGGCGAGCCCAGUAGCGAAGGGACGACGAAAUGCAGCAGCUGCAGUGACGUCACCAGCAGGUUCGUUGACAACCGUACCGAAAACAAGCCAUCCGCGUCAUCAUCAUCUCACGAGGUCGUUCCUCUCGCUGUUUCUCCAAAUGAGUCUCUCAGAUCAGUCUUCAACAGGCUGUUUCAGUCCCACCUGCCAGACUGCUGCCUGCCAUGCGAGGCACGUCAGCAACAGGGAGGGGGGAAUGGUGGGAAAGCGCCCAGAAAAGCCUCAGCUGAUGGGACGCAGCCGGUCCGUUUCAUGGUGCUUGGUCAGGUGGUGUACCUCUCGCCUGACUCCACUGUGGAGCAAGCCAGUCUCAAAUCGGGUUCCACCGUCAAAGUGCUUCCCGUGAAGUCAAUGCACGAAGGAAUUGAUAAGGGCAAGGGCAAGGGCAAGCACGCCGUUCAUGCACCGCAGGGGACGGAUGCGCCUGCUGCUGCAACUGCAACGGCUGUGCCUCUUCCUGCUGCUGCUGCCGCUCUUCCUUCUUCUGCUGGUUCCACUGCUGAACCUGCUCCUGCUGCUGCGCCUGCUGCUGCGCCUGCUGCUGCGCCUGCUGCUGCGCCUGCUGCUGCUCCUGCUGCUGCUGCACCUGCUGCUGCAUCUGCUGCUCCGCCUGCUGCUUCUACCGCAACCCGCAUUGGCUACAGCAAGUGGGACCAUCUGGGGUCCAGCAGCGAGGAAGAGGAGGAGAAGUGGGAUCAUCGCAAGGCCAGCAACGACGAGGAGGAGGAAGAGGAAGAGGUGGAGGAGCAGACCCAGCCAGAAGGAGCUGCUGGAAGAAGCGUUGGAGGAAAGGGGAAGACCGAGGCCUCUGGUGCUGGCGAUCCGGCACCCAGACACAGCGGCAUUGAUUUCUCUUCCCUCAAGUACGGCACUUGCUCAAGCGGACUCCCGCUGAACACAGGGAGCAGCAGCAGCAAGGACGAGGAAACAGCCCCAGAGAAGCAGGUUCGAGCUCCAGACAGCACAGGGAACGGGAGUGGAGGGAAGGCAAAGGACCAGAGUGGAGGGAUAGAGGAGAAAGGGGGUGUUGGGAAAGGAGAAAGAGGGUCGGAGGAGGGUCUUCAGGUGCUGUGCCGGGCGGACAUGGUGCACUACCUGGACGUGAGGGGCGGGUGGGACGUGGCGGCCUGUGAGAGGUGCUUUGAGCGCGCAAUCAGCGCUCAGGCGAAGCAGGCCCUGUGGGUUCAGGACCUGGCGGCCUUCCGCUUCAACCUGCGGCAGCAGGAGGACAAAUCCGUCCCCUUGGUGCCGCCAAACCCGCUGUUAGGAGGGAAACUUGGGGCGAUUGAAGAGUACUCCUCCAGGGUACCGGUGCCGGAGCGGCUGCUAGGAGGGAGACGAGGGGUGCCGGCUCGUGAGCAGUACAAGUGGAAGUGUGAGCGGGCGCCUCUGCUUUGUGCCGAAACGAUGCUUCCAGAGUGGAUGGCUGAGCCUCGCGUGGGCGUGCUCAUGGACCUGGGGAGGAUCAGAGCCCGCCUGCCGGCUAUUCUGGGUGAGAAAGGUCCCGCUGCAAAGUCCCCUGGUGCUGCUGCUGUCGCUGCCCCUGCUCCUGCUGCUGCAGGUUCUUGCGCUUCUGGAGCGUGGUGUUGCUGGCGCUGCAGCAGCUGCUGGGCUGCCUACCGCCGUGCUGUCAACUUUGCUGCGUUCCUCGUGCUUGUAGCGAGGCGCCCCCGCCUUGUGACUCUAUGGAAGGCCCACUCGGACUCUGACUCUGCAGUCUAUCCGGCCGUAGUGGCUCAGCUGGGGGCGGUCAGGCAGGAGGAGGAGGACCAGUUUGCUUCCCUCCUGGUGCAGAUCCUCGGGGUGAAGGAGAGUGCUGACCUCAAGGAGGGGUUUGGGUUCUUUGUGCAGAAUCUGCUGUCAGGGGGGAUUCGGGACGAUGGGGAGGGGAAGGCAGGGGGAGGGAGGAGUAGUGUGAGGGGGUCUCCAGAGCACAUGGUGGAAACAUUUGAGGCUCUGGUGGGGAUGGUGAGGAGUGGGGUGCCGGCUGAUGAUAUGGUGAGCAGCAUGAUGGGGAUGGUGAGGACGGAGGGAGGCAUGCAGGGACUGGGAGCAGAGGCGGUGGUAUGCAUGCUGGAAGGGAGUGCGGCUGGGGCAGGAAGGGAAGGCAGCCGUGGGAGGGGGGAUGAGGGGUGUGGCGAUGGUAGCAGGGAUAGCAAGGGCGGGGAGUGGAGGGAGCAUCUGAAGGGGCCAGUGUGGGAGAGGUAUGUGGAAGGGAUGGCUGGGAUGUUGAAGCAUGGAGGGGGGGAACGGAGGGAUUUCAGGUGCAACCAUUGCAGUGACGGCAGCAGCAGCGGCGGCGGCGGCAGCGGCAGCGGCAGCGGCAGCGGCAGCGGCAGCGGCAGCGGCAGUGGCGGCAGCAGUGUGGAAGGCACUGGCGCUCCCAAGGGCAUGUAUGUGAGUGGCGUGGGCGCCACUGACUUUGCCCUAGCGUUUGCCACAGUCCUUUCCAAGCCAGGGCUGCGCAAGGAGUGGGAGGUGUACGUUCUGGACCACGCCACGCCACCUAAAAUAGUCCCUCUGCACGGCAUCGUUUUUCACGAUGCCCUUUCCUCCCCCGCUAAGCGUUCGACAUUAGGUAAGCACCCACGUCAUUCCCCCCCCGUCGAAUUACCGCACCCUUCCUGUAUUUCCUGCGCAAAACUAGGUGAGAACCACGGCUGAGUCUGACAUCGCGGUUACCAUUUCCUAGCCCGCCGUUCAUCUCCUUCCCUGCCCGCCGUUUUCCAGCCGUUCCUGCCCGGCGUUUCCCCCGUCCUUGCUCGCGCGCCACCCCUCUCUCCCAGCACGCGUCACUCCCUUCCCUGCUCGCCAUCUAGUUUCGUGUGGUCCCUACUGUACUCGCGCCACCUAACUACACUGCCCGCAUUUGUCAAAAAGCUUCCCGCACACUAAUUCGUUUUUUCCCGACAUUACGUAGGGCGGUUUUACAGUACGGAGGAGAGGACUUGGUUGCGCGGGGGGGUUAGGGUUUUGGAGAUCUAAAGUUACAUGACCUAUUCGCCCACGCGAAAUCCUUGCCGUAACACAUAGUUUAGGGUUCGGAACUACGACCGUGACGGGCGUCCAGUCCCUUUCGGGGGCGGGAGGGUCGAGGGUGGCGGUAAGCCUGCAAACAAAUAGCACUGGUUUCGGAUUCGAAUUCGGUAUUCGACAAAUAGACAUGGGCAUGAGCC